AUGGCAGCGUGCUCCUUUGAUCAUACUUUUCUUUAUGUGGCUGCUGGAUGGGAGGGAUCAGCAUCUGAUAUGUCAGUGCUCCGUGCAACACUGGAAGAUGGUAAAUUUAAUGUUCCCGAAGGUCACUUUUACUUAGUUGACUCAGGAUAUGCUAAUACUUCAAAAUUUAUCGCCCCAUAUCGUGGAUCACGCUAUCAUCUUGGAGAUUUUGCAAACAGGACAACCAGAGCCUAUCGAGAUACUAAAGACAAAUAUAAUCAUAGGCAUGCACAACUACGUAAUGCAGUGGAAAAAGCAUGGGGAAUUUUAAAGCAAAUAUUCAAAAUUUUGAAAGUUGCUGCUCCAUUUCCUUAUAAAACUCAAGUCAAAAUCGUUGUAGCUUGUUGUGUUCUUCAUAAUUUUAUUGCAAGGCAUCAGGGAAAUGAUAAAUACUUUAAUAUGCUCAAUGGAUUAGAGAUGAAUGAGGAUGAAGAUGAGGUGGAGGAGGAAGAAGACCCCCAAUACAUGGUUGGUGCAGAUGAAAGUUUAAGGGGUGAGCAGCUUCGCAACAGGAUUGCUUUACAGCUUUGGAAUAAUUGAAAUAUGUAGUUGUCGAAUAUUGAAGUAUAAGGAGGUUGAAUUAUGUCUUUUACUAUCUUUAUAUGAGGAAAACUUAUAAUUUUA